AUGUCGUCAGAGCAACUUACAGAGGGCGUGAUUGGAAGCAUGCUCGCCUCCACGGAUGGAACAACACCUGUUGUUCCAAAGUGCCAAAUCCUCAGCUUGAAGAAGCUGCAGACAACCAGUGCCAGCGCCAAUGUGAGUGAGCGCUACCGUGUCGUGCUCAGCGAUGGAGUACACUAUACACAGGCCAUGCUAGCCACACAAUUAAAACCCCUUGUGGAAAAUGGUAUGCUGGAUAAGAAUGUGGUUGUGCGCAUUACUCAGUUCACGUCUAACACCGUUCAAAACCGCAAGAUUCUCAUCUUACUCAACCUUGAACCGAUUUCUUCCGCCCUGCCCCACCGCAUUGGCAACCCACAAAACAUCGAGGCCUCUUCAUCUAAGCCUGAAGCAAAGCCGCAAAGUGCGGACAGUAAGCCUGCUGUGCCCGCGGCUGCCCCACAAGCCUCACGACCUGCGCCCUCGGUCGCUGCUCAGGCUCUCUCCGGCUCGCGUGGCGUGGCCAAAGCAAGCUCAGGUAUGCCCGUUUACCCUAUUGAUGCCCUCUCUCCAUACCAAAACAAAUGGACGAUCAAGGCGCGUGUCACUCUCAAGACGGACAUCAAGCAUUGGUCUAAUGCGCGUGGCGACGGUAAGCUGUUCAGUGUGCAUUUGAUGGACGAGAGCGGUGAGAUCCGUGCUACAGGAUUUAAUGAUGCUGUAGAUCGCUUUUACCCGAUUUUACAAGAGAAUAAGGUCUACUUUAUCAGCAAAGCUAAGGUCACGAUCGCCAAGAAGCAGUUUAGUACGCUUCCGAACGAGUACGAAAUCUCGCUGGAGAGUGGCAGUGAAAUUGAAGAAUGUGCCGAGGCAGGCGACGUGCCUGAAGUAAAGUACAACUUUGUGCCUAUCAAUGAGCUCAAUACGGUCGAACCGAACAACACGACGGAUGUCAUUGCCAUUCUGGACAGCUACUCUGAUGUAUCCGAGAUCGUAUCAAAGGCCACGCAGCGUCCUAUUAAGAAGCGUGAACUGUCACUGAUAGACAGCAGUGGCAUGAGUGUGCGCAUGACGCUGUGGGGCUCUCAAGCUGAGAACUUUGAAAGCACCAUUAGCGGCGAAGACAAACCUGUCAUGGCAUUUAAGGGCGUCAAGGUAAGUGACUUUGGUGGUCGAAGUCUGAGCAUGUUUUCGAGCUCUACCAUGUCGAUCAACCCCGAUAUCCCUGAGUCGCAUGGACUCCGUGGUUGGUACGACAAUGAAGGAAACGCUGCACCUAUCCGAGCCAUUUCGUCUGCUAUGGAUGGCGGCGCAGCGGCAGGUGGUGGCACCACGCCUGGAGCGAUGCGUGCUAACGAAUUUCGCACGUUCGCCCAAGUCAAGGACCAGUCCCUAGGCACGUCGUUUGAACGCGCUGACUUUUUUAAUACGCGGGCUAUGGUAGUGUAUAUCCGCCCAGGCACGCUGUACUACACGGCAUGUCCAUCGCAAGAGUGUAACAAGAAAGUGCUGAUGGACGACGAUGGCAACUGGCGCUGUGAGAAGUGUGACAGGAGCUACCCUGCACCUGUGCGUCGCUACAUUUUUUCGGCUAAUGUGGCAGACUAUACGGGACAGAUCUGGGUCAGCGGCUUUAACGAAGUUGGCGAGACGCUCCUCGGUAUCACCGCCGAUGAGCUGGAUGUAAUCCAAAACGAAAGUGAGGCUGGCUUCAAAGCUGUCUUGUCUCGUGCUAUCGGCCGUGUCAUCGAUAUUGGAUGCCGUGCUAAGCAGGAAACUUUUAAUGAUUCGAGCCGAGUUCGGUAUACCAUGACGCGUCUCCAACCCGUCGACUUUAAAAAGGCUGGUCACGAACUCGUUAACAAGAUACAUGCAUUGCAGGCUAAUUAA